UAACCAUAUUUCUUGAUACCUGAAAGUGCAGUGGUGUCUCCGCAACUGUAGCAUUGAGACAUAAACAAGAUCAAGAAUGAUCUAUGUCUUCGAGACCUUCGCAAUGUCACCACAACAUCGACAAGCGAACACAAGCGAACGAACUGUCGUGCAGUACUUAUUUGAACAAAUCUUACGUUGUGCAUCAAAUUCCCACCAUCACCAGCUUGGAACAGCUCUUAGUAUCUGAGGAUGAGCGCUAUGCUGUAGAUGCUUUCUACGCGGAGAAAACUUUAUACUACAACAUGCUACGUCACCAUUACCAGAACUUGUACAUGAAAGAAAACAGAGAACACUUGACAGACUACUACGAGAAAAUAAAGUCCUACAAAGGUUACAGCAUCAGAUACAAACUGAAACACCUAUGGGGCGAGAAGAACGCGGGAACGGGCGGUGAUGAAUCGGAAAGCUUAGGGAUGAAGAUAGAACACCUCAACUACAAAGUGAAAGUGUUCGAGAAGGAUUUGAAGCAGUGGAAUAAAUUCCACGCCUGUUCGCUGGACACUCGUCUCCUGCAGAUCUCUCUGGAGCAACUCCACACCGGCAAUCUCCGCUUUCGGGAAUUCAGCGGCGACUGUGAGCCCAUGGUGAUCUGCCAGCGGUUGCUCGACAGCUACGUGUGCCACCAUCUCACCACCGAGACGGGCAUCCGCGGCACGCAGCUGCUCGAGGUGACGCACGUCACCAACAAGGGGCUGGAGGUGAUCUCGAACCUGCGCAUGGGCACCAAGACGCGGCGCGCCAGCUCCAUCAUGCUGCUGGCGCCGCGCAACGGCCUGCCCAAGCCCUCCGACUGGCCCUUCGAGGUGAGCGUGACCAACUGCCUGUACUACGCGGACCGCGCGUGGAUGCGCGGCGCCAGCGACGCCCGUCGGCGCGCCUCGCCCGCGCUCAGCGACGCGACGCCGGCCGACAGCCAGUACGAGCGCCGCGUCGCCGUCGUGAUUACAAUACAAUCAAAACACAACGAAAUUUUUCGGGAAACAUGU